UUGUCUGGGUGUUCCUGACACGUUGGCCUUACGGAACCAUUGACAGUGAGCUGCGAGAGAGCAUGGACGUUGUGUUGCCACAGGGCGUACGGAGUGCGAGUUUGUGCAAGGUGCUCGGGCGUUAACACCUCUUCCUUUGGACGUCGCAUCGGUGGAGUGCACUAUUACAAAGUGUAAUCAAGUUCUUCGUGACGUCCCACAUUUCUUCGUGUAAACAACAACGGAUAGUGUGCAGCUCUAUCGACGGCAGGGCAAUAUCAAUCCAACAACGCAAUGGACAGUGCCGUGUGGCAACAUAGGGAUCGUCUUCCUUCGGUCGCCAUUCCCUACGGAGAUGCCAGCCUGUGGUCAGUUCUUAAGCAAGUCAUUGGCAAAGAACUCUCCAAGAUCACGAUGCCCAUUCAAUUUAAUGAGCCUCUUUCAUUUUUACAGCGACUAACCGAAUGCAUGGAGUAUUCUUAUUUAUUGCACAAAGCAUCGGAGGCUGCCGAUCCUGUUGAACGUAUGCAAUACGUGGCAUCGUUUGCUGUUAGCGGUCUGGCAUCCAAUUGGCUCCGUUUGGGCAAACCUUUCAAUCCAUUGCUCGCCGAAACGUACCAAGAAGAACGACAAGACUUUAGAAUUAUCUGCGAGCAGGUCAGCCACCAUCCGCCUGUUUCCGCUUUUCAUGCCGAUUCACCAGCGUUUCGUUUUUACGGUGCGAUCGAUCCGAAAAUCAAAUUCUGGGGCAAAAGCGUAGAAAUUCAACCCAAAGGCGUUUUCACGAUCGAGUUACCCAAAUGGAACGAAACCUACACAUGGUCAAAUGUUAACUGCUGCGUCCACAAUAUCAUCGUAGGGAAACUGUGGAUUGAACAAUACGGGACAAUGGAGAUUGUCAAUCACGCUAACGGUUAUCGAUGCGAAUUGAACUUUAAACCGGCAGGCUGGUACUGCAAAGACUUACAUCGUGUGGAAGGUUUCGUGCUCGAUUCAAGCAAAGCAAGGAAAUCAUUCUUGUAUGGCAAAUGGACAGAUAAUAUGAAAUCAACUGACGUUAAAUCUUACGAUGAGUAUAGCACUUCCACAUCGAACCGAGCCAUCAGUAGAAGAGAAAGUGCCAAGGAAAGUGUGACGCACACACCUCGCAAGAUGCUGGCCAAACUGAAUAGUUUAACUAUCGGUUCAUUUAAGCACAGUACAGAUGAAGCAAACGGAUCGGAUGAAGGACAUUGUCCACUUGAGCCUCCGGAUGGCGAAAUUCCGAAAUCCAGUUCGACCAUUUCACUAGAAAUUCCCAAUUCAACCACUUUGUGGGAAGCUGAUCCACGACCAUCAUACUCCUCCGAGUACUAUCAUUUUACGUUGUUCGCCAUGGCUUUGAAUGAGUUGCCCCCGCCGGAAACAGGUAUCAAAAUAUGUCCAACAGACAGUCGGUUUCGGCCGGAUAUCAGACUGAUGGAGGAGGGACAGAUCGAAAGAGCAGCUCAAGAGAAAACGCGCUUGGAGGAAAAACAACGAGAAUCCCGUAAAGCUCGCCGGAGUCGUAAAGAGAAAGAGGAAAGAGCCAGAUGGUUUAAACUCGGCGUUCAUCCGCUAACCAAACAAGAGAGCUGGUUCUAUCGUGGUGGGUUCUGGGAAACGAAAGAAUAUCAAGCACUCAAUAUUUUCUGAGAAAAAAAAUAUCUCAAAAGCAAAUCAUUAUAUAUAUGCUAGCUGUACACUGUUUGUUUAUGUUGAUGCUGUUUAGAGAUGACAUAAAAAGUAGAUCUAUUUAAGAGGCUGUGGUCAUAGACCCGUGCGCAGUAUGUAUCCGCCUACCCUACCUACCCUCUCCUUUGCUCGUCAAGAUCUAUUCAUAGUCUCAGCUUAUGGGCGACGUAAGCUGGUGAUUUGUAAUGGAAUCAGGGACACGUGCUGUAACCGCUAAUGUUCAACCUCUGUAUUGUGCUCCACAAACCCUAAUAAGUAAUCGUCGCACACAACUACCUGCCACAGUCCUAUCCUAGUGCUGUAAAAUCACAGAUAUAAAAAUAUACGUUUCGCCAAUGGAAGAAGAA